UGUUGCAUUAUGGGAUGUGUGAGAGCUGCAUGUGUGUCUGUGUUUAGAAGAAGAAACAAAAUGUCUCAGCUCAGGUUCAUCGAUAUCGGUGUGAACUUGACCGACCCCAUGUUCCGAGGCCUCUACCGAGGGAAACAGAAACAUGACGACGACUUCAACCAGAUCAUCGACAGGGCCCUCAAAGUGGGAGUGGAGAAGUUCAUGAUCACAGGAGGGAACCUGGAGGACAGCAGAGAGGCCCUGAAGCUCUCAGAGAGCAGAGACGAGUUCUGCUGCACGGUCGGCUGCCAUCCCACCCGCUGCAGCGAGUUCCAGCAGAGCGGAGAAUCCCAGUACCUUACUGGGCUGAGGGAGCUGGCAGCAACCAACAGAGGGAAGGUGGUGGCUGUGGGAGAGUGUGGACUGGAUUUUGACAGGUUGGAAUUUUGUCCAAAAGAAACUCAGCUGAAAUACUUCGAGAAGCAGUUCGACCUGGCGGAGGAAACCAAGCUGCCCAUGUUCCUCCACUGCAGGAACUCCCAUCAGGAGUUCAUCGAAAUCAUGAAGCGGAAUCGAGACCGAUGUGUGGGAGGAGUGGUUCACUCGUUUGAUGGGACGACAGAAGACGCGGCUGCGCUCGUGGACCUCGACCUCUACAUCGGAAUAAACGGAUGUUCUUUGAGGACGGAGGCGAAUAUUGAAGCGAUGAAGUCGAUUCCCAGCGAGAGGCUCAUGAUCGAAACAGACGCUCCGUGGUGCGGAGUGAAAAACACUCAUGCAGGAUCCAAACACAUUCAAACUUCAUUUCCCACGAAGAAGAAAUGGGAGGCGGGGCACUGCCUGAAAGACCGGAACGAGCCCUGUCACAUCAUACAAGUGUUGGAGGUGAUGGCGGCGGCGAGGGAGGAGGAUCCGCUGGAGCUGGCGAACACGAUCUACAACAACACCAUCAAAGUCUUCUUCAGCUCGAGCUGAUGAUGAAGAGGCCGACUUAUUUCACUGUGUGUUUGUGUGCACGUGUGUGAGUGGGGGUGUGCAUGCUUGAAAAUGUCAGAUACAAAUUAAAGACUGUAAUCUCCUUGGAUAAUGAAAAGUGGAUCGAUGGAUAAUUUCCUCGACACAAUGAACCUGAAUAAGUUGAAGUGAGACUUUAACCUCUGACCUCACAGCACGUCGCUCAAGGGCACGUGGGCUCCCUACGAUGAUUGAAAUCACACAGCGCCCCCUGCAGAGCCGGAGGUAAAUACCACCCAGAUUUAUUGUCACGUUGUCAAUUGCACAUAAUGUAAAACAAACUUCAAACACACGUAUCAGUGCUGCUGCUUCAUUGUCCACAAGGGGGCAGCACAACAGUCCUUUGUCACUUUGAUCUUUUACUAUAAAUCAUUUCUCAUUUUACCUCCAGUGGAUGAAAUUGUGCAAAAAAAAUAUCAUCAUGAAGCAAAAUGAAUAAAACAUGAGAUGAGGCAGGAACAUGCAAGUUUCCAUGGUUACAAACAGCAUCGCAAUAAUUUUAGGAUUUAAAAUCAGAAAAAUAAAAAAAAUCUAAAGUUUUGGCAACUUUCAAACUUUUCAAACUUAAAUAAUUCAGAACUGCUUCUGUACAAUUUGAACAAAUGAAGAAAAUAGACUAAAUGAACAGCUGUGACAUCAUCCAUCGGCUUUGUUCAAUAUUCCUCACGUUCAAGAAAAAUCAAUAAAACUUAAAAAUAUGAAGA